AUGAGAAAUGAAAAUGAGGAGACAGCAAGUGGAAGGAAUGUACAAUAUCGGGAAGAUACACAUACAACAGAGCAAUCUGAGGAUAGAGCAGAAGAAUGUAUUAGAGUUGAAGGAUAUGGAGAGCUAAGUAAGGACGAGAAAGAGAUUGUUGAUAGGAUAAUCGAGAUCAUGAAAGGUGAAGAAGAUUAUAAAGUAUUCACAUUUAAGAAGGUGGAUAGAUGCAAAAUAAAUGAAAUUACAGCAAAAGUGAAUAAGCUAGUAGCACGAAUACGAACAGAUAAUAUAACUGACACAAACAAAUUAUUGAAAGCAGUACGAAGUGUAGUGGCAGAGAAAAUUGGACUGAAGGAAGUGAUUGAACAAACUAAACAGAAGGAGCCAUGGUGGAAAAGAAGACUAGAUAUGGAUAUAAAACGGCUUAGGAAAGAUAUUAACAUACUAGAAAGGAAGAAAAGGGGAGAAAUCAGAAAGGAAGGUAAAUAUAAAAGAGGUAUGACCAGAGGGUGA